AUGACAUUAAAUCAUAGCAGUACACUCAGAGAGUUGGCAGCUCCUGAUGGAUCACAUCAGCCUCUCUGUAUCGAGUAUCCAGAAUUGGAAGUUGAUUUUGAGCUGAAAUCAGGGACUAUACAUUUGUUACCUAAGUUUCAUGGGCAUUCUGGUGAGGAUCCAAAUAGACACUUACAAGAGUUCCAUGUGGUAUGCUCUACAAUGAAACCUCAGGGAAUUUCUGAGGAAGACAUCAAGUUAAGGGCAUUUCCAUUUUCUUUAGCUGAUGCAGCAAAAGACUGGCUGUUUUAUUUACCUCCAGGAACUAUUACUUGUUGGAAUGGCAUGAGAAGGGUGUUUUUGGAUAAGUUUUUUCCUGCUUCUAGGACAGCUUCAAUUAGAAAAAGUAUAUGUGGAAUCCAACAAAGUACUGGUGAAACGCUGCAUGAGUACUGGGAGAGAAGCAUGAUAGAUGCUGCAAGUGGAGGAGCUUUGGUGAAUAAGACACCUAAUGAUGCUAGAGAUUUAAUAGAGACCAUGGAAGCUAACUAUCAACAAUUUGGAAUAAGACCUAUGGUGGCAAGGAAUAAUAAUGAAGUUCGGACUGUAUAUUCUGGACAGAGUAGAAUUGAGAGUAGGUUGGAGGAAAUGUUGAACAGAAUUGAGUCAGCAACCAAGCAGAUGACUUUGAAUCAGCAGCCGCAGCAACAAUUGGCAGAAUCUGUGCAAGCAAUGAAAAUUUGUGGAUUUUGUGCUAGUAAUUGGCAUUCAACAGAUGCUUGUCCCAGUUUGCAAUCAGAUGAAUGUAAUUUGACAGCUGAGCAGGUUGUUGCAGCAGCUAGUGUUUUCCCUAAUCAACCACAGUCCCAGCAAAGUAAGUAUGACCCCAUGUCAUCUACGUAUAAUCCUGGUUGGAGGGACCAUCCAAAUUUGAGUUAUGGAAAUACUUCAGCAGCACAACAAUUUUUACCACAGCAGAUUCAAAGCAGAAAUUUUCUAGGUAAUCAGAGACCACCAGGUUUUUAUAACAGUGCAGUUCCGAAUAGAGCACAACCAUUCCAGCAACUUCCACAACCAUUCCAGCAAUAA